CCGAGGUUCCAGGGUCCGUCCAGCUCCGCUGGAGCUCUGGUCUUGGACCUGCGACGGUUGGAGCGGAACCUGGUGGAUGCCGGAGCUGGGAGGAGGCCUGAGCCGGGGGGUUUCGGGUGUGGUCAAUGGAGUCAGGAAGCAAUAAGAAUUUGGAGAAUACAAUAAAGAGAGUUUGUCAUGACCAACUUGUUCCAAAGAUAAAAACAAGCAAGAAAAUGUCCACCUUAGUGAAUUCACCUACCAGCCUCGAGGUGCCGUCAGAGAUUAAGAAAAAUGGAGACAAACAAGUAGAAAUCCCUACUGAAAGAAUAAAAAUGGCAAAGAUCAUCAAAGAAAAACAAAACAAUGAUUUAGAGAAAGUGGUCUUUAAACGGAAGGCAGAAGGUGAAGGAAAACCAGCCGUAAAGAAGGAGGCAAAGAUGCUAGAGCUGGAAAAUCAAUUAAUCACCAUGCCUCUGCCUCACAUUCCUCUAAAGAACAUAAUGGAUGUGGAAAUGAAGUUGGUCUACAUUGAUGAAGAGGACGUGAGGUAUGAGUUUGCAGAGUCCUUCGAGCCCGCUGGGACUCAGCCAACCUGCCCAGCUGCUGAAAUAGUGGACCCAUUGAGUGGACCUAAUUUCAGCUCUCUGCCUCAGGUUGACAAAUGGCUUCAGGUAGCCUUAAAGGAUGCCAGAUCCUGCUAUAGACAAAAGAAAUAUGCUGUGGCAGCUGGACAGUUCAGAACAGCACUUGAGCUUUGCAGCAAAGGGGCGGCUCUAGGAAAACCCUUCGAUGCACCUGCUGACCAUAUAGCAGCCAUAGCAAGUUUCAUUGAGACAAAGCUCGUCACCUGCUACCUACGAAUGAGGAAGCCUGACCUUGCCCUGAAUCAUGCCCACAGGAGCAUUGUUUUAAACCCAGCCUAUUUCCGAAACCAUCUUCGUCAAGCUACAGUGUUUAGAUGUCUGGAGAGAUAUUCAGAAGCUGCCCGGAGUGCCAUGAUUGCUGACUACAUGCUCUGGCUCUGUGGAGGAAGUGAACAGUGUGUUAGCAGGCUCAUCAAACUGUAUUGGCAGGCUAUGAUUGAAGAGGCCAUCACCAGAACUGAAUCUUUCUCAGUUAUGUACACGCCAUGUGCAACAAAAAUAAGUGCUGACAAAACAGAAAAAGUAAAAGAAGUGUUCAUGAAAACUCACCCUUCAUAUGCAGAGUACAUCUAUACAGAUCUUUAUGCACUCCACGUGCUGCCUCAGACAGCAGAAUGGUCACCCUUUCCUCCUCAACAAUAUCUCUUGACGCUUGGCUUCAAAAACAAAGAAGAUGGAAAAUUUUUGGAAAAAUUAUCAAGUAGGAAGCUACCAACAUUUACAGAUCAUAAAACUCCCUUCCAUCAGCUGACCAGAGAAGACAAUGUGAGACACAUGGAAACAAUGGGGAAGCGAAUCUUGCCAAUCCUGGACUUUAUUAGAGGCACCCAAUUGAAUGGCGGUCUCUGUGCGUACUCAGGUGUGAUGGAGAAGUUGCAGUACGCCAGCCUCCUCGGCCAGCUACAGAGAGUGAAGGAGCAGUCCCAAGUGAUUAAUCAAGCAAUGGCAGAACUGGCAACCAUCCCCUAUCUACGGGACAUCAGUCACCAAGAGGCAGAAUUGCUGCAGUUGCUAAUGGCAGAUGCUAUGGACACCCUUGAAGGAAGAAGAAGCAAUAAAGAACGUGUGUGGAAUACAAUCCAAAAGGUUGGACGAAUUGAAAAUUUUCUCUAUCAGCUAGAGGACAGUUUCCUAAAAACUAAAAAACUCAGAACUGCUCGGAGGCAAAAGACAAAACUGAAGCGGCUUCAAACUCUGCAGCAAAGCUAGUCACCGGGAAGCAGCACUUAUCAUGAGAUGCCCUAGACAAAGAGACAAGGGUGGCCACCACACCAACUGUUGACAGCAGGACAGCAAACCCUGCAUCUAAGGAGCAAGGUGAUACUCCUCUUGGGUCAUCUUAAGCAAAGACAUUCUACACUUCAUUAAUCUCAACUGGCAGUAAUAAAUGUCCUCAGCAAUUUUGA